UCAAUCGAUUGGUAAGUGAGCUGGUAGAGGAGUAUCGCGAUCGUAAGGAGCAAUUUAUCCAAAGACAGCAACAGAAAAAAGAAGGACGAGGAGGUAGUGAACGUUAUCCCCCUCUACGCAGCCUACCUCUCUACGGUGGACUCCCAGCGCAUGAGCAGCUCCGCGUUUUCGAGCGUCCUACACAUGCGGUUCGCACUGUUGUUGUAGCAACCAAUGUGGCGGAGGCCAGUGUCACUCUGCCUCGGAUCGGCUAUGUCAUCGACUGUGGGUACGCACGCCUGCGCGCUUACAAUGCAGACAACUCGCUUGAAGCCCUUGUCACUCUACCCGUCUCGAAGGCCUCAGCUAACCAGAGGGCUGGUCGGGCGGGGAGGGUGCGGGUGGGAGAGGUUUACCGUCUUUAUACCGAAGAUGCCUACCACCACAUAUUACCACGAUUUACAGCCCCGGAGAGUCAACGUAGCGACCUCGCUACCUCUCUCCUUCGUCUCAAGACUCUGGGUGUGGAUUCUCUGGCGCGUUUUGAUUGGCUGCCGCCGAGACCUCCCGCUCGCCACCUUGGACAAGCGGCAGAACAGCUCGUCUCAUUGGGUGCGCUGACCGUGGCCACAGGAAUGCCAAUGACCGAACGAGGUGCUCAGUUGAGUGCCCUGUGCUUUGCUUGUGGUCUCGGCCAUCCCGCCGCUGCUGCCGCUCUUUUGGGCGCAGUAGAGGAAGGUUGCACCAUUGAGGUGGCCGCUAUUGUUGCCCUUAUGCAGCUUCAGAAUGUCUUCGUCUCCAGCGCAAAUUACAAACGGACGGCUGAUCGCAGUCGACGUAUGCUUUUUGGGACUACGUCCGGAGACCAUCUCACUGAAUUGAAUGCCUUUGCCGCCUAUGAGAAACAGGUGUCCACGCUGAAUCAGUCAGAGCUUCAGCGGUGGUGCCAGUCAACUGGGCUGAACGCUCGCGCACUGCAACAUGCUCUCUAUCUGCGUGACCGGAUUCUCGGUGUUCUUGAACGUUCCAAAAUGCCCUGUGUGGCUGCUGAACCGCCCGGGAAUCCAUUGCCUAUCGUUCGCGCUCUUCUGCGUGGAUUUUUCAUGCAGGUGGCCCAUCUGGCUCCAUCGGGCACACACUAUAUGACAGUACGAGGAGACCACGCGUUGAGACUCCAUCCAAGCUGCAUACUUUAUGCUGCUCCCUCGACGUCGCGCUGGCCGAAAUGGAUCCUUUUUACCCGCGUUCACCUCUCUGCUCCUCUCAGCGACAAUCCAGCAACAGCAUCCACCGCCACCGCUACUUGCGUGUCGGGAGUGAGUGCAAUUCAACCGGAUUGGCUGAUGGAACUGGCGCCACACUACUUCCACUACGGCACGGCUAGGGAACAUGCUCUCAGCAAGUAG